GCAGCAGCGCCGCCCGCCGCCAGGAUGUCCCGGUCCAUGGAGCCAACGGCAAAGAAGAUCUUUAAAGGAGUCUUGCUGGCAGAACUGGUGGGCGUUUUUGGUGCUUAUUUUUUGUUCAAGAAGAUGGAGGCGAGCCAAGAUUUCAGGCAAACCAUGAGCAAGAGGUUCCCCUUCAUCUUGGAAGCGUACUACAAAUCCAUCGAACAUUCUGGAAUACAUGGGAUCAGAGAGCAAGAUCAAGAAAAAUGGCUCCGCAGCAAGAGCUAGACAACUGGGCUGGCAGCCACCCCGCCCCACCCCACCCCACGGUUUCAGACAAGAUUAGAGUCCCACAGCGGGCACGGAUGGAGUUUGGAAUAUUUACAGGCAAAAAUGUCAACUUGAAAAGUCUAAUUAUGUUUGAGUUCUUAUUCCUUGGAAGAAGAAUUCUACGAAGAAGCUGACUGAAAUCAUCCGUUUUAUGAAGGAAAUUGUGUUUUUAGUACUCAGAUUGGUGCUCCUUUCAAAAACCUGUAAUACUAUGUUUUUAAAAAUAAAUUAGUAAAUGGCUGUA